AUGUAUCACGGAAAGGCGGUCGACAAGGACAAGAUGUUGGGAAUGGGCGUGGACAUUCCCGACAUCCGAUGUAUCAUCCACAUCGGACACACCAGGACCUUGCUCGACUAUGCGCAGGAGAGCGGCCGUGCUGGUCGAGACGGCCAGCCCAGUGAGGCCAUCAUCAUCCAGCCCGAGGGGACGACAGUGCCUAAGUUCGCCUUGAAGCACACAUCGGAGGAUGACGUGGAACGGGUUCAUGGGCGCACUCAUUGCGGCGAUGCUGGCCAAACGGAGGAGCACUGUGAUGGUUGUGAUCCCAACUGGAACGCCGGCGAGCCAGAAGACGAGGAGAUGGAAGGUGAUGAGGUCACCAUGGUCCCAGACACUCCUCUGCAGUCCCAGCACACCAGUGCCACGCACCCCUUUACCACCGACCUUGUGCCGCUGCCCCAGUCCCCGCGUGGCAGUCCCAGCCCGGCCCUCACGGAUGAUGAACUGCCCUCCUGUGAGUCCCAGGUUCGCAGUUCGGCGCAGAUCAUGCAGGUCCCCGCCACCAGCGACUCGUCUUCGCCGCCGUCAUCGCCCACGGCCAGGACUCAGGCACGCCCACAGGGUGUCGUGGAGCGCAAACACCACCAGUCCUUUGCUGGGCCAGUUCGGUCGACACCCACGGCCAGGACUCAGCCACCCACACAGGGUGUUAAUCCAGCGCGAACACCACCAGUGAGGACGCUCCUCAGGCGGUUCAACCGCAGCUCGCUUAGUGGUCCUGGCCGUGGGUGUCGAGCGAACUGGCCCAGCAAAGGAUUGGUGGCGUUUGCGCUCCACGACACCCUGUGGGCGUGCCUGAGUCCUGGCCGUGGGCGAUGA